AUAAAUUAACAGGGAAUUAAAGCAAUUUCGCCAUUCCGUUUGAAAAAAUUGUCCGGUUAACAACUGUUCACCAUGUUACUGAAUAGUGCUUUGUUUGUUGUCGGGUGUUUGUUGUCGUCGAGCGUAGCACAGAAGAAAUUUAAUUCCAAACAUCUCCCAAAUUAUAUAUCAGCCUGUCGUGUGGGGUCCGAUUUGUCGGAUUGUAUUGUGAAGCAUGCUCGUGCGAGCAUUCCCCAGUUAUCGAAAGGUGAUCCAGCUUUUGGCAGUCCGAGCUUGAAUCCAUGGGUACUGGAAAAAAUCGAAUUGAAUCCAAGCAGCCAGCUGAAACUCCUUUUUACCGAUUGCAAAAUAUAUGGUUUGAAUAAUGCCAUUUUAAAAGACGCAAAGAUCGACUUCGAUAAGAAACACAUUGAUUUAGUAGUUUAUAUCGAACAAAUUAAACUUGACUCCCAUUACAAUAUGGAUGGACAGCUUUUAGUACUACCUAUUAAAGGUGACGGAAAGACCAAUUUGGAGUUUGGUGAUUGUACAUUCAACUAUUCCUUCGAUUACGAUCUGAUAACAAGAAAAGAUGGCAAGCAAUAUAUUACAAAUAUUAGACCCGAUAUAUCUUUCAAAAUAAACAAGGCACAUUUUAAUUUUGAGAACUUGUUCAACGGCAAUAAACAGCUAGGUGACAACAUCAACAAUGUAUUAAACGACAAUCCGCAAGAUGCCGUCACUGAACUUGGUCCAGCAUUUUCGAAUGUUAUAAAUCUGGCAGCAACCACAAUCAUACGAGCAUAUUUAAUGGUAGUUCCAUUUGACGAACUAUUUUUACAUUAAAUUCUGAAUGAUCUUAUUUUUUUUUAUCAUAUCUGUGUACAGAUAUACUUAAAUUAGGUCUUGUUGUAUUGUUGAAGUAUUAUUAAUAUUUAUAAGUGUAAUUUAAGCAGAAUAAAACUGUAAAAAUA